AUAGAAAAAAUCACUUCGUUCGAAAAAAUCAAUUUACGAACACGCCGUAAAUUUUGCUAAACGUGUGUCCAUCUUCUAACCUUAUUUUGAGUUUAUCUACUUCUAUGUGCAGAUGUCAGGAGUUUGGCGCCGCUUUUCGGAACUUUUUGUAGCAAUCCAAUGAUUCCUGUUUAUUCGUGGUUUGUGAAUUCUGUGCUCCAUUAUUUUUCACCAAAUCAUACAACAGCCGUGGUAGCUACGACGCACGAUGCCCGAAUACCAGAUCAAUGGUAUCCCGGUCAAUUUUCCGUUCGAACCGUAUCAGGUGCAGCGGGACUACAUGACCAAGGUGAUCGAGUGCUUGCAGAACAGCACCAACGGGGUGCUGGAAUCACCCACCGGAACCGGCAAGACGCUCAGCUUGCUGUGCUCCUCGCUGGGCUGGGUACUGCACAAAAAGGCCCAGGUGCAGGCCAACAUGCGAACCAACAUCACCAACCUCAAGGAGUUCGAGAUGGGAACGAAACGGAAAGUGGGCCAGCUGCCGGCGGCCGGUUGCUCCGAGGAUACUUCAGGUAUGGACGAACUGCUGGACAAGUUAAACGAAAAUAGCGGGCCGGAGGGGGCCAAGUGGGGCGUACCGAAAAUUAUCUACGCAUCCCGAACUCACUCUCAGUUGACACAGGCGAUGCAGGAAAUGAAAAACACAAGCUACAGCUUUAUGAAGGCAGUGGUCUUGGGCUCCCGUGAUCAGCUAUGUAUCCAUCCGGAGGUGACCAAGGAAGAGGGCAAUUCUGUCAAAACCAAUCUCUGCAAGGCAAAGAUCCAAUCCCGUACAUGUUCCUUCCACAGUCGCGUGGAGAGUUGCAAAGAACGGCCCGAAAUUGCCAACAGCACCGUCAUGGACAUCGAAGAUCUGGUUAAAGUCGGUACCAAAUUGCGGGUUUGUCCCUUCUUCACCUCGAAAGAACUCAUCGAACAUGCGGAUAUUCUUUUCAUGCCUUACAAUUACCUGUUGGAUCCUAAAAUACGGAAGGCAAACAACCUGGAACUUUCCAAUACCAUCAUCAUACUGGAUGAGGCACAUAACGUGGAGAAAAUGUGCGAAGAGUCCGCGUCGAUGCAGAUCAAAUCGUCGGACAUUGCCCUGUGCAUCGACGACAUCACAUCGAUCAUGAAGGUGCUGGAUCACACGGUGGCCAUUCCGGAGGACGAUGAUACCAAGAAGGAUUUCACAAUCGAUGAUUUAGCCCUUCUGAAGGAGAUGCUGCUGACGCUGGAGAAAACAAUCGACGAGCUGAAGGUGAUGUUCUCACAGGGUGGCAGCACAUUUCCAGGAACGUACAUCUUUGAAAUCUUUGAAUCGGCCAAUAUCAAGGAAGGCAACUACCACAUUAUUGCUCAAUUGCUGGACAACAUCAUCCAGUACAUUGCCACCAUUACGGAGAAAAACAAUUUCGUUCGACGGGGUGGGGGGCUGCAGAUCCUGGCCGAAGCCCUGUCGAUCAUAUUCGCCGGCAGUGGAUCCGAGUAUCGUGCCUCGAUCAACAAGUGCUACAAGGUACACAUCGAGCACGAGGAGCAGAAGAAAACGCGUGGCAACGUGCGACAGGCGGACGGUUGGACGGCCACAAAACAGGUGGUGCCUUCGGUGAAAGCCAAUGCCAAGAUCGUCAGUUUUUGGUGCUUUAAUCCUGGAUUUGGAAUGCGGCAGCUUCUGGGACGGAAUGCGAGAAGUAUUAUUCUGACCAGUGGAACGCUGGCGCCGUUGAAACCGCUGAUCAGUGAACUGGACAUUCCGAUUGCCGUGAGGCUGGAAAAUCCUCACAUCAUUGACGGCAGCCAGGUUUGUGUGAAGAUUGUUUCUCAAGGACCCGAUAAGGAGAGUUUGAACUCCAGCUACGGAAACCGUGACAACCCCAAGUAUAUCCAGAGUCUUGGGCGGACAAUUCUAUCAUUUUGUCCAAUUAUACCUGGUGGCCUGCUAGUCUUUUUCCCUUCAUAUCCGCUGCUAAACAAAUGUCAAGAAUCUUGGCAGGAAACCGGCAUCUGGGCACAGAUAAGUCGAACAAAGCCUAUAUUUGUUGAACCGCGUGGAAAGGAGCAGUUCUUGAAUACCAUGACCGAGUACUACCAACGGAUAAACGACUCCGAGGGCAAAGGAGCCAUAUUUAUGGCCGUCUGUCGAGGGAAGGUCUCCGAGGGGCUCGACUUCGCCGACAUGAAUGGCAGAGCUGUGAUAAUCACCGGGCUUCCAUUUCCACCGCUCAAAGACGCUCGGGUCAUACUGAAGAAAAAGUACCUCGAAGAAGUUCGGACGCGAGAGAAUGAAAUUAUUUCCGGUGAUGAAUGGUAUUCGUUGGAAGCGUCCCGUGCCGUAAAUCAGGCUAUCGGCCGAGUCAUUCGACACAAAAAUGACUACGGUGCAAUUUUGCUGUGCGACAGCCGUUUCCACAAUCCUCGACAGAAAGCGCAACUAUCUUCCUGGAUUCAGAGGCACCUCAACACAGCCUAUAAUCCUGCCUUCGGACCGAUAGUCGGAGAACUGUCACGAUUCUUUAGGAAUGCGGAGAAAAAUCUUCCCCAGGCCAAUCUCAAACGGAAUAUUGUGCCCAUUCUACCGGAAAUAACUCCGGUAGAUACGUCAAAAACUAAUAUUUCUUCGCUUAUGGUCAAUCCGGAAACCAAGAAAAAGCUUGACGAUAUUAAGAAUAGUUUCAUCAAAAUCGAAAACUCAAAUCAAGUUCAGACGUUCAAAAUUUCGGACUAUCAAUCGAAAGAGCUGAAAUCAGAAGAUGCGCCGAAAGAUUUUUUCAGCCGACUCAACACGCAAGUUCGGACCAUAGAUUUCAACGACAUGUCAGCGUUCUCAGCGGCCAGCUCUUCGCAAAGUUUGGUAACGAUCCACAAACGGGAACGAUCGGCGGAAUUCUCCAACCAAAGUCAACCGGCUUUAAAUACCACAACCCUUAAGAAACGAAAACUAGUACUGAUUCCUCAAGCCACAAUAAACCUCACCGAAGAUGACAAUCGUAACAACAUCGCAAACAAUGCCAGCCAAAGCAGCAGCAGCAGCACCCAACAGGUUGAUGAUCCUUCCCGGCAGGCCCCCGAGGAUCGAGUCGAGCUACUCAAGGUGAUCAAAUCGUCCAUCAGCAUGGCAAAGUACAAGCUGUUCCUGACGGCACUGACGGGCUACAAGAACGAUCGCAACUUCGAUAGUCUCAUGGCUGGUGUUCUGGAAGCGUUCGAUCGCCCGAAUUUAUAUUAUUUGUUGAGAGCAAUGCGGCGAUUCGUUAAAGGUGAACACGAGGUGAUGUUCGACGAAAGAAUAAAACAAGUCUGUGGGGGUUGAGAGCUGUCGCAAUCAAUAAUGUUCAUCUGAUGAACCGGUUACCUGAAUAUGGUUCAACCCAAAAUUGUGAUAAGGCCCUCCGUGAAUUGGCCUCUUGAGACUGCCUGUUUUUGUUUCUCUUACCCUAACAGAUCAUUUCCAGUGCAUUUAAGAAAUAAAGGUUUAUUGUUUUAUGUUAACAAGAAAAAAAAACG